CCAAAAAUAGGUUAUAGUUAGUUAGUUAAACUCGAUCUAGAUCAAAACUUAUGUAAUCCACAUCAAACACUAAUUACUCAACUCUCAACCUUUUUUUUAAAAAAAACAUUUCCCAAACCCCAAAUCCCCCCAAAUCAAAAUCUAAAAAUCAUUAAUUUAUGCAAAAUCUUGGUUUGCACGUCCUUUUAACAAGAACAUCCAUCCACCCAUCAAGCGAGUGACGACAAAGUCAAGAGUUUGAUUAAUUUAUUGAUGCUUUAAUUCUUAAAUUUUGAGGGAAAUUUAUGCUUUAAUUCUAGUUCAUAUUUAUAAAACCAUAUGUAAGGCGGCUGCCUAAUUUAUACAUAUACUAUAUAUAUGGGAUAAUUACCAAUUAAGAAGAUCAUAAUUAUUAUCUGCCAUAAUUCAAGUUACAUUGAGCAAAUUCAAGAAUUAGAAUGUCGUCAUCUUCUUCGAAAGCAAAAUCGUGGAUGUGUGGGUGUUGUGGGAAUGGUGGAGGAGUUGAACCAGGUCCAGAUGCUCCUACUCAUCAAGCUGUUCAACUUCAAAUUCUUGAUCGUUAUGUGGUGUUGGACAAUGGCAUUGCUCGAGUUACAAUAUCGAAACCAGGAGGAAUUGUCACUGGAAUAGCUUAUAAUGGCAUUGACAAUUUGCUUGAAUCUCGAAAUGUUGAGGACAAUAGAGGAUACUGGGAUCUUGUUUGGAAUGAUGAUACUACACCAGGGACAUUUGACACGAUAAAAGCAUCAAAUUUUCAGGUGAUAAUGUCAAAUGAUGAUCAGGUGGAAGUUUCCUUUAGUAGACAGUGGGAUCCUUCACUCAAGGGAAAGCUAGUCCCCUUGAACAUUGAUAAAAGGUUCAUUAUGUUGCGCGGUUCAUCUGGUUUCUACACCUAUGCAAUCUAUGAGCACAUGAAUGAUUGGCCUGGCUUCAGCAUGGGAGAAACUAGGAUCACAUUUAAGCUCAACAAACAAUGGUUUCAUUACAUGGCUGUUGCUGAUAAUAGGCAAAGGUAUAUGCCUUUACCGGAUGAUAGGAUGCCUGGACGGUGCCAACCUCUAGCCUAUGCGGAAGCUGUUUUGCUUACGAAUCCUGUAGAACCAAACCUCAAAGGAGAGGUUGAUGACAAAUACCAGUAUUCAUGUGAUAACAAAGACAUCCAAGUCCAUGGUUGGAUUUGCACUGACCAGCCUACAGGGUUUUGGCAAAUCACACCUAGCUACGAGUAUCGGUCUGGUGGGCCCGUCAAACAAAACCUUACGUCCCACGUGGGACCCACAUCACUAUCGGUGUUUUACAGUGGCCAUUAUGCAGGGGAUGCUCUGGUGCCGAAAUUCGGUGAUGGGGAGCCGUGGAAACGGGUUUUCGGGCCUGUUUUCAUCUACUGUAAUUCUUGUCCGAAGGAUGUUGAUUUUCAUUCGCUUUGGGAAGAUGCUAAAAAACAGUUGGUAGUAGAAACUGAAAACUGGCCCUAUAGUUUUCCGGCUUCAGAAGAUUUUCCAAAACCUGAUCAACGGGGUAAAGUCAGUGGCAGAUUACUAAUCCGAGACAGGUGUGUUUGUGACGAUCAUAUACCAGGAAGUGGAGCGUAUGUUGGACUAGCCCCACCAGGUGCACCUGGAUCAUGGCAAACCGAAAUCAAGGGUUAUCAGUUCUGGACAACAGCAGAUGAAAACGGCCUAUUUUCCAUCAAUGGCAUACGAGAAGGAGACUAUAAUCUCUAUGCCUAUGUUCCCGGUGUCAUUGGAGACUACAAAUGUGAUGCGGUCAUUACCAUAACUGCAGGAUGUGAUGCACAAAUGGGUGAGUUGGUGUAUGAGCCUCCUCGAGAUGGACCAACCUUGUGGGAAAUCGGAAUUCCUGAUCGUACUGCUGCAGAAUUCUACGCUCCUGACCCUAAUCCGAAUUAUGUCAAUCAACUUUAUGUGAACCAUCCUGACAGGUUUAGGCAAUACGGAUUGUGGGAGAGGUACGCAGAAGUAUACCCUAAUGAAGAUUUAGUAUACACCAUCGGUGUUAGUGAUUACCGAAAGGAUUGGUUCUUUGCUCAAGUUCCUAGGAAUACAGAUAAAGGAUAUGUAGGAACAACUUGGCAAGUCAAAUUCAAAUUGGAUGAGGUUGAUCAGAAGGGCAACUACAAACUGAGGUUGGCAAUUGCUUCUGCAACCCUUGCUGAAGUACAGGUACGAAUAAACGAUCCAAAUGCAAAUAGGCCCAUAUUUACAACAGGACUAAUAGGGAGGGAUAACUCAAUUGCAAGACAUGGUUGUCAUGGGUUACACUGGCUUUAUCACGUCGACGUACAAGGUUCGAAGCUCGUUAAAGGAGAUAAUACUCUAUUUUUAACUCAACCAAGGAACCAAAGCCCAUUCCAAGGAAUAUUGUAUGAUUAUCUACGUCUUGAAGGCCCUCCUACUACAAAUGCAAUCUAAUAACCAAUUGUAUUAAUUUCCACUAUUAUUUUUCAGUUCCUUAUUAUGGUUCAUGUUAGCUGACCCUAAUCAUUUUGAGACGGAGGCUUAAUUGUUGUAUUAUCUUUCGGUUCCUUAUUACUUCGUAUUACAAAAUACUUGUACUUAAUUGAUUUAUCAUAUUCUUUUUUACAUUUCCUCAUUGUAAAGUAUUAAAUUGAUGUAUCAUAUUGUUUUACACUUUUACUAACAUAAAUGAAUAAUAAAGUGGAUGAUUUAUGAAUUAUGAUACCCAAAA